GGCUACCAUAACAGGGUAGCUUGUCCCUCCUUGCGCGAGGGUGUGGACGUGGGCAGACGACUCGGCGCGGUUCAGUCUCUCCGAGACGGAAAGGAACACCGCUUUAAACUUCUCCCGAGGCCUCCAGUUACUCCUUUACAUCUGGCUGCUGCGAGCGCCCUCCUCACCCCCCAAGAGGCUCAGCGACCGUGUCCCUCACUGGUUUCGGUGAGGGACGGAUGAAAGCUCCGUCUCGCCGCUUCAACGCAGUGUCGUGCCGCUCGGGCUAACGUCGGGCGUUCCAUAAUGGACGACAUCUUCACGCAGUGUCGGGAAGGCAACGCGGUGGCCGUGCGCCUCUGGCUUGACAACACGGAAAAUGACCUCAACCAAGGGGACGACCACGGCUUCAGCCCUCUGCACUGGGCGUGUCGGGAGGGCCGCUCCGGCGUGGUGGACAUGCUCAUCAUGCGAGGCGCCCGCAUCAACGUCAUGAACCGCGGGGAUGACACGCCCCUGCACCUGGCCGCCAGCCACGGACAUCGCGACAUUGUGGGCAAGCUGAUUCAGUGCAAAGCGGACAGCAACUCCGCCAACGAACACGGCAACACGCCACUGCACUACGCCUGCUUCUGGGGACAAGACUUGGUGGCGGAGGACCUGGUGACCAACGGGGCCCAAGUGAGCAUCUGUAACAAAUAUGGCGAGACCCCCCUGGACAAAGCCAAGCCUCACCUGCAAGAGCUUCUCAGAGAAAAAGCUGAGAAAAUGGGACAAAACUUGAACAAAAUCCCCUUCAAGGACACAUUUUGGAAAGGCACCACCCGAACACGACCUCGCAACGGUACUUUGAACAAACACGCAGGCGUGGACUACAAGCAGCUCUCUCUCCUGGCUCGAAUAAACGAAAACCAAUCUGGAGAGUUGUGGCAAGGGCGCUGGCAAGGCAACGAGAUCGUGGUCAAAGUGCUGAAGGUCCGUGACUGGACCACCAGGAAAAGCAGGGACUUUAACGAGGAGUAUCCCAAACUCAGGAUCUUUUCCCAUCCCAAUGUGCUCCCCAUGUUGGGAGCGUGUCAGUCCCCACCGGCCCCUCAUCCCAUCAUCAUCACGCACUGGAUGCCAUACGGCUCCCUCUACAACGUGCUGCACGAGGGCACCAACUUUGUGGUGGACCAGACGCAAGCGGUCAAGUUUGCUCUGGACAUCGCCUGCGGGAUGGCCUUUUUGCACACGCUGGAGCCCAUGAUCCCCCGACACUAUCUGAACAGCAAGAGCAUCAUGAUCGAUGAAGACAUGACAGCCAGGAUCAGCAUGGCCGACGUCAAGUUCUCCUUUCAGUGUCCCGGCAGGAUGUACUCGCCCGCCUGGGUGGCUCCCGAGGCCCUGCAGAAGAAGCCGGAGGAGAUCAACCGGCGGUCGGCGGACAUGUGGAGCUUUGCCGUGCUGCUGUGGGAGCUGGUGACCAGGGAGGUGCCUUUCGCGGACCUCUCCAACAUGGAAAUCGGCAUGAAGGUGGCCUUGGAGGGCUUGAGGCCCACCAUUCCGCCCGGCAUCUCGCCGCACAUCUGCAAGCUGAUGAAGAUCUGCAUGAACGAGGACCCGGCCAAGAGGCCCAAAUUUGACAUGAUUGUGCCUAUUCUGGAGAAAAUGCAGGACAAGUAAAAAAAAAAAAAAAACUUUUGAACAGACAUUGUACACCUCCCCCUGAUGUUGCCUUAAACUGCUCACCCUCAGCAGCCGUAUAUUUUUCUGGAAGAGUUUUUUUUUUUUUUUUUUGGAAUGUUGCACAUGUUGACUAAAGACACGUGGCUGAGUAACCUGUGGAGGGCAUCGACGGGUUUUGGUUGGAUGUGAAAGGUGUUCCUAUAUCGCUGAAUCAAACCAUGACUUUUAGGGAGAUUCCAAAAGGCGCAUGUUUGCUCAACCCGAGGGUUGACGCAGCACGAGUCAGCAUUUCGCAAAGCAUGACAAAGCAUUUCUUUGUAAUGACUAAAGCUAUUUUUAAAACGUUUUCCCAUACACCAAAAAUAAUACUGAUGGUUUAUUUUUUUGGGCUCUCGUUUGAAAAUCUAGACCAAAAGUGCUUUUAGUUCUUAUUUCUCUACAUGUCAAAAAAUCCUUGGGAGGAGUGUUUGAUUGUGGCCAUCAAAGGAAGAACAAAUGGUGUACUUAUUCUAAAUCAUUGUGGGUGCGUCUUUUUUUUUUUUUGUCAUUGCAUUCUGCAUGCCAUUAUAUUUUCUUUUGUCUUCACGUGCUCAUCUAUCUUGUCUUUUCUGUGCCUACAUCGCUUACUUCUUUGCAUCCGAGCCAAAAUCAAAUGCAACGUAUACUAAUGUAUUUAUAUCUACAAUAUAUGUAUUAAAUUGAAAAUUAUGACUAA